AUGUCCGACGAACAUUCUGACGUCGACAUGGAGGGUUCGGGCCCUACCGAUGAUGUAAGAAUGGAAUCCCCGACUGGCUCGGAGCACGCGGGAUCCGAAGAACCGGAAGAGAAGCCAUCUCCUGCGGGCAGUGAUGAUGGAGAGGACGAUGACGAUCGGGAGCAAGAACCUGACCGAGAACAGGACGACGAUGAGGAAGAAGAAGAGCAGGUUGAAGAUGACGAUGAUGAUGAGGUCACAGAAAAUACCAAGGUUGCGAAGACUUCGUUUGAGCGAUUCGAGAUGCUACUGAAGAAGACAGAGAAUUUUUCACACUGCCUCGAUGCCGGAGAUGUUGCGGCUUACAAAGGCUCUGCAGCCGCCGGAAAGAAACGUGGCCGGCCCGCACGUGUGCCCCAGGUUGAAGGCGAUCAUCGCCACCGUAAGACUGAGAAAGAAGAAGACGAGGAACUGCUCGCAGAAGCCAACAAAGACGCCGGACUGAUCCUCUUUGACAAGACCCCACAUUACAUAAAAAACGGAGAAAUGCGUGACUACCAAGUUCGCGGUCUCAACUGGCUUAUCCAGCUUCAGCACAACGGCAUCAAUGGAAUUUUGGCAGACGAAAUGGGCCUCGGAAAGACGCUGCAGACAAUUUCUCUUCUCGGGUACAUGAAGCACUUUAAAAAUUCACACGGCCCUCAUUUGGUCAUCAAUCCGAAGUCGACUCUCCAAAAUUGGAUGAACGAAUUCAAGAAAUGGUGCCCGUCGCUGAGGACUGUUUGCCUGAUCGGUAGUGAAGAGCAAAGGAGCGUGAUUGUUCGCGAGGAGAUUAUGCCCGGAAAUUUCGAUGUCAUCGUCACUUCAUAUGAGAUGGUCCUCAAGUGUCGUGCACUCCUCCGAAAACACGUUUGGAAGUACAUUAUCAUCGAUGAGGCGCAUCGCAUCAAAAACGAGAAGAGCAAGCUAUCCGAGGUUGUGCGUGAAUUGAAGUCGAAGAAUCGUCUGCUGAUAACCGGUACUCCGCUGCAGAAUAACUUGCAUGAGCUCUGGGCUCUUCUCAACUUCCUGUUGCCGGACAUGUUCUCAAGUGCUGAAGAUUUCGACUCGUGGUUCGAAGCGAGCUCUCUGAAAGAUCAGGAUGUUGUUUCUCGUCUUCAUAAGGUAUUACAACCAUUCUUGCUACGCCGUAUCAAAUCUGAUGUCGAAAAGUCGCUCCUACCGAAAAAAGAAGUCAAGGUGUAUAUUGGAAUGUCGAAGAUGCAGCGUGAAUGGUAUCAAAAGAUUCUGCUGAAGGAAAUCGACAUUGUCAAUGGUGCUGGAAAGCCGGAGAAAGCCAGGCUUAUGAACGUGCUGAUGCACUUGCGCAAAUGUACAAACCAUCCUUAUCUAUUCGACGGCGCCGAGCCAGGGCCUCCCUACACCACUGACCAACACAUCGUUGAUAACUCGGGUAAAAUGGUGCUGCUCGAUAAGCUGCUACCCAAGCUCCAGCAACAAGGAUCUCGUGUGCUGAUCUUUUCCCAAUUCUCGCCGACGGCCGACGUCGUUAUUAUCUACGAUUCGGAUUGGAAUCCCCAAAUGGAUCUUCAGGCUAUGGAUCGCGCUCAUCGUAUCGGCCAGAAGAAGCAGGUGCGCGUUUUCCGUUUCAUUGCCGAAAAUACGGUCGAUGAAAGAAUCAUUGAGCGAGCCGAGAUGAAGCUGCGUCUCGACUCGAUCGUCAUCCAGCAAGGCCGCAUGGCUGAAGCCCAAAAGACGCUGGGCAAGGACGACAUGCUCGACAUGAUUCGGCACGGCGCUGACAUGGUGUUUGCUUCGAAAGAUUCGACUCUUUCUGAUGAAGGCAUUGACGCAAUCUUGGCUCGUGCUGAGGAGAAGACCAUGGAGCUCGACAAAAAGAUGGCGGCCUUUGGCGAGUCCAACCUGCGUUCCUUCACAGUUGAUCACGGGGUCACCGAUGAGCAGAAAAACUCUGUCUACAAUUGGGAGGGCAUGAACUGGAGGGAUAAGCAAAAUACUGGGAUGGGACAAUUCUGGAUUGAACCACCCAAGCGUGAACGCAAGGUCAACUAUGCGGUCGACCUCUAUUACCGAGAAGCUCUUCGUCAAGGCAGUGACAAGACACCGAAAGCCCCUCGUCCGAAGCUCCCGAAUGUGCACGACUUCCAGUUCUAUCCGAUGCGCCUGUAUCAAUUGCUCGACCGAGAAGUCUACCAUUAUCGAAAGACCAUCGGCUAUAAGGCCCAGAAAGAGGGCAGCGGUAAGGACGCUGAGCGCAAGCAAAAGGAGGAGCAAAAGAAAAUCGACGCUUCUGAGGGCCUUACCGAGGAAGAGAGGAAUGAACGCGAGGAACUUUUGGACCAGGGCUUCAGCAGCUGGUCGCGCCGUGAAUUCAGCACCUUCGUCAAGGCCAACGAAAAAUUCGGCCGUCAGGACAUCGACGCCAUUUGUAGGGAACUGGUGGAAACGAAAAGCCGUGAGGAGGUUAUCGAAUAUGCCAAGGUGUUCUGGGAGCGCGUCGACGAUCUGGCCGACAGUGAGAAAAUUAUUGCACAGAUAGAAAAGGGUGAAAGCAGAAUACAACGCCGUCAUCUGGUCCGUGGGGCUCUCGACGCGAAGAUCAAGAAGUACCGGGCUCCCUACCACCAGCUGCGCAUUUCUUACGGCACAAACAAGGGAAAGACUUACACGGAGGAGGAAGACAGGUUCUUGGUUUGCGAGCUUCAUCGACUUGGCUUCGACAGCGAGACGGUUUACGAAGAUUUGUGCCAAAGCAUUCGCGAGGCACCGCAGUUCCGCUUUGACUGGUUCAUCAAGAGCAGGACCUCCACGGAAAUCCAACGUCGUUGCAACACGCUGAUCACUCUGAUCGAAAAGGAGAUGGGCGAAUUUGAAGUGAAGCACCGCAAACGUGCUCCAAAGUCUGUCAAAGAAGAGAAACCCGCCGAACCGCCUUCAAAGAAGAGCAAAAAGGGAGCCGAAACCGGCUCACCGGGUACAUCGACGCCGAAUCGAUCGCGUCGCUCCAUCAAA